UCAUAUUAAUGUGACCCUUUAAUUUAUUUUUUUCCCCUCUGUCUUUCUAUUUUAAUAACUUCUUUAUAUGUAAUUGGUAACACAAGUGUAACACAAAGGGUCCUCAAUAUUUGAUCAAAUAUGUGAUGAAUAGUCCAGAUUGGUAUGGGGUGGUUUGAUUUGCUGUGGAGAGAAGAGGGAAGAAAACUCAUCAAAAGAAAAGAUAGUGAUGCAGGAGAAGCAGGUAGAGCACUGGAAGAGCUCAGAGCUUCUCUCUACAAUGAGCUCCGAACCUCCGAAGGAGCGAAGCGCCAACAGCAAAGAUACUGUGGACCGGUGGUUGCAUUGUCCUUCAACUUCAUGGUUGCUGUUGGGAUCAUCAUGGCAAACAAAUUGGUGAUGGGGAAAGUUGGAUUCAAGUUCCCAAUAUUCCUCACAUUUGUUCACUACCUCACAGCAUGGGUUCUCCUAGCAAUUUUCAAGGCACUAUCAGUGCUUCCUGUGUCACCUCCAUCCAAAACAACUCCAUUCUCUUCUCUAUUUGCAUUAGGUGUUGUAAUGGCCUUUGCCUCUGGCCUUGCCAACACUAGCCUCAAGUAUAACAGUAUUGGUUUCUACCAAAUGGCUAAAAUUGCUGUCACCCCAACAAUUGUUCUUGCUGAGUUUGUACUUUUUGGGAAGACAAUUUCUUUUAAAAAGGUCUUGGCUUUGGCUGUGGUAUCAGUAGGUGUAGCAGUUGCAACUGUAACAGAUUUAGAGUUCAAUUUAUUUGGUGCUCUGGUUGCAAUUGCAUGGAUAAUACCAAGUGCCAUAAAUAAGAUUUUAUGGUCUAGUCUACAACAGCAAGGAAAUUGGACUGCCCUGGCGUUGAUGUGGAAGACAACCCCAGUGACAGUUUUCUUCCUAGGGGCAUUGAUGCCAUGGAUAGAUCCUCCAGGAGUCCUAUCCUUUCAGUGGGAUGUAAACAACUCAACUGCAAUCUUGAUAUCUGCUCUUCUUGGUUUUCUCUUGCAGUGGUCAGGUGCAUUGGCAUUAGGGGCCACUUCAGCUACCACACAUGUUGUGUUAGGACAGUUCAAAACAUGUGUGAUUCUGCUUGGAGGGUAUCUGAUAUUCAACUCAGAUCCUGGGAUUGUGAGCAUUGGAGGUGCUGUUGUUGCUCUCACUGGAAUGUCAGUCUACACAACACUCAACUUGCAAGAAUCUAAGGAUAACACCAAGCAGCUUCCAAAGCAGGUUGUAACAAAAUCUGUUGGUGAAGGCAGCACAGACUUGAAUGUAAAUAGUACAAGCAUUGUUGUCUAAGACAGAUAGAUAAUCAAUCGUUUGGGAGAAACAUUUAGACCAGAUUCUGUCUCAUUUUUGUUGUAUUGACGGCCUUAGUUGCAGAGAUUUAAUCAUUAAAACAUGAAACAUGUGUUAGGUUUAUGUCUACCAAGAGUAGUUUUCUUUAUUUUUUAUUUCUUGAAGAGUGUGUUACAUCACACUUGUAUCAUAUGGUAACUUGAUUU